CCGCGCCCUGCCGCUCCGUGCCGCGUCAGCGACGUCGCAGCAGCGGUUGCUAGCCGACAGGCUGCCUUGCUCUCCGGCUGGGAUGUGACAGAGCUGCGGCGGAGACAACCGACUCCCAUUCUCCCAUCAGGGCCGAACCGGGAUAAAGGGGACCGUUCCGGGAUAAACGGGACCGUUCCGGGUCAAAUCGGCUGUAGCGUCUCCUCCACGGUCCUGGUCCUGUGGUUCUGGUCCUGGUCCUGUGGUCCUGGUCCUGCAGUUCUGGUUCUGGUUCUAGUCUCUGGUCCUGGUCCUGGUCCUGGUGAGGAUGGAGGACUCUGAGACGGAGCUGGCCGUGUCUGAGCCCGACGCCCUAGGCGCUGACUUCAUCACGGUGGAGCUGGACACGCAGCCCAUCGAGUACGUGGUGAAGUGGGCCGAGGUCGGCUCCAAGUUCACCAUCUCGUGCGUGAAGAGCAGCGGCGAGGACGGCAGCGGCGGCGAGCUGAAGAUGGAGACGGACGAGGCCUUCUUCGCUCCGUACGAGGAGGUGUUCCCCUGCGAGGUCACGGAGCAGAGCGUUGAGAUCAAGACCGACUCGGACGACGACGGCGAGGACACGGACGAGGACGGCGAGGUGCUCGUGGAGGCCGGCGGCAGCCAGCUGGACGCCGACGCAGACGGGGACGGGGACUCGGAGCCCGGCGACUUCGAGGCGGACGGGCGGCAGUACCGCUGCAGCUACUGCGGGAAGAGCUACAGCCACGCCUCCAGCCUGUACCGCCACCAGCAGACGCACGCCGCCAAGAGCAUCGGGGCCCCGGCCCCCGCCAAACGGGCGCUGGAGCCAGCGCACCAGGAGGCCCGCUACACCUGCCCGCACUGUGGCAUGAGCUUCAAAGGAAGCAGGAUGCUGGGCAGUCACCUGCGUCUCCACGGGAAGAGGAGGAUCCAUCCCUGCAACAUCUGUGGGAAGGAGUUCAACCACAGCUCCAGCCUGUCUCGCCAUCGCCUCAUCCACAAGAAAGGGAAGAGCCUCCCCAAAGACGCCGCGCUGGGCGCCAACAUGGCCGCCCUGCGCCACUCGCUGAAGGCCGGCGCCAAGAACAAGAAGACCAAGCGCCAGCGGCAGCAGCAGCAGCGGCACGUGGCCACGGCCGCCGUCAUCCAGAGCCCGGGCGGCGAUAAGUUCUACGCCUGUCCACAGUGCGACAUGAGCUUCCGGACGUCCACGCAGCUGUCGAAGCAUCAGGUGACGCACGUGAAGCAGCUGCUGGACAGCUACACGCCGGGCAAGGAGAACCUCGCCGAGAGCUCCUCGGACCUCAAAAUCCGCCUCAAGCUCUGCUCCCGAGACAAGCCCAACUUCUACACGCUCUGCAAGAAGAACCGGCGCCGCGCCGCACGCGCUGUCAAACGCAGCUCCGCCCCGUGUGAGGAGGAGGAGGAGGAUGGUGCGGGCUCAGCAGGCGCCACGGGAUCAGCGGGCUCCACGGGCUCAGCCACCGCCGGUAGCAGCAGCGGUCGCUACUGCUGCAGCCAGUGCGGGAAGCGCUUCAGCCACGCCUCCAGCCUGGCACGCCACCAGCAGACGCACAGGGCCACGGCGGCCGAUGGCGUGCGGGGAAAGCUGCCGCAGCACCUUCACAUCAAAACCGGACUCCCCGCCACCAGUGCAAGCGGCGCCAAAACCAAGACGUACACCUGCGGCGCCUGCAGCAAGACCUUCAUGCACUCGUCCAGCUUCUCUCGCCACAAGAAGGCGCACAUGGAGGAGGAGCAGCGAGCACGGGCCGUGGCCGCCAAGCGCCGGAAGAGAGUGGUCCUGGAUGAGACCGCGCCGCUGGAGUCGGACUCGGAGUGACGCCCGUCGCCCGGCUCGGGAACGGGUUUGGACCGGUUUAUGGAUCAGCUCUGACUGGUUUUAAACUGGUUUAAAGACAGAUUCUGGAGACGCUUAAUUUGGAAAAAGUUCUGGACCAGUUGGGGACAGGUUCUGGACCAGUUAGGGACAGGUCCUGGACCAGUUAGGGACAGAUUCUGGGCUUUGGGUUAAGGACUGGUUCUGGACCAGUUGGGGACAGAUUCUGGGCUCUGGGUUAAGGACAGGUUCUGGACUAGUUGGGGACUGGUCCUGGGCCAGUUGGGAACAGGUUCUGGACUAGUUAGGGACAGGUCCUGGACCAGUUAGGGACCGGUUCUGGACAGGUUCUGGACCAGUGUGUUGUGAACUGGACCUGGCUGUUUCUCUGGUGUAGAUAGCUGCAGAUCGGCCCUAAACGGUCGGUCAGAACUCAACGUUAGCUUCUUGCUCUUAAGGACGGGAUUAGAUUUAAAGUGCCCCCCCUCCCCUGCCACUGCCCCCCGUCCCCCCUGCCACUACCCCCCCCCCCCGCCACUGGCCCCGCCCCCUUCCUCAACGUCUUUCCGCGGCCCGUCCAAUCUCUAAACACUCAACCGGCGUGCUCUGUUUCUACUCUGACCACAUGUUUUCUCUCAUUUGGCGGGCGUGUCAGAGCUGUUAUCCAAUCAGCAGCCACCUGUGUGUCAGAGCUGUUAUCCAAUCAGCAGCCACCUGUGUGUCAGAGCUGUUAUCCAAUCAGCAGCCACCUGUGUGUCAGAGCUGUUAUCAGUGAACGUGCACACGGACGCUGCUCCCUCUCUACACUCCAUUUCCCAUCAGCCACCUGUGCAGACGGCUGCCGCUGGGCCCUGGCCUCUGGCAGCAGAGCAUUGUGGGAUAAUUAUAACUUAAUUAUUAUUUAUGUCACAAAGUGAUAGUUUAUUUUGGCUCUCGGUCUCUUCUGAUCAUCUUAAGGAUUUAAAUUUUUAGUUUUUCAGGUGAAAACCAUUUUUUAUUUUAUUUAACUUUUUUAAUUUGUUAUUAAUAUGUAAUAAUAUGUAUUAUUAGUUAAUAAACCUCCGUACGGAUCCGUUCAUCUCCACGUUUAGUUUUCUCUCCUGAGUGAUUCUGAUUGGUUGGUGUUCUGACAGCGCUGCGCUCUGAUUGGCUGGUAUUCUGACAGCGCUGCGCUCUGAUUGGCUGGCGUUCUGACAGCGCUGCGCUCUGAUUGGCUGGCGUUCUGACGGCACUGUGCUCUGAUUGGCUGGCGUUCUGACAGCGCUGCGCUCUGAUUGGCUGACUGUGUUUAUAGCUUUGGUAUUUUUUAAUAAAAGGUUAAAAUGUUCCUCCACACUAACGUUUGCAUGAAGACUGUAACCCGCAGCCCGUUGGCCAUAUUUGUAGUUUUUGGGCGGUGUGCGAGGCGAGAGAGGAAACUGCACUUAUUUACUUAUUUAUGAAAAUUUGGAACAAUGUUGUAAUAUGUAAAUAUAAAUAUUUAAAUGUGACUCACAAGGUUUAAAAAAAACAAACAAAAAAAAACAGCCCUCGUUUCCGUAGCAAUGCCACCGCCUUCAUCGUUCAGCAUCGAGCAGCACAGGAAACGCCUCCGACAUCCGCAGAUUUUCAAAGUAAAAGCCUCCAAAUGAGACAGAAACUCGAGCACUUCAUCGGUCAAAAAAAUAUAUAGAAGACGUUUUGGACGAAAAAAAGAUACUACGAGUGGAUACUACUACUACGGUUUUAU